UUAAUAUUUACACGAAGCCUAACCAGAAUGGGCUUAUUUUUCUCCAAAACUCCAUCAGUUUCACGUAACGCUAUGAGUUCUCUAUCCGCAGAAGGUGUUAAGGAGCUUAUCUCCAGUGAUAAAGUUGUGAUUUUUUCUAAAAGUUAUUGUCCAUACUGUAAAAUGGCCAAAGAAGUAUUCGAUAAAUUAAAACAUAAGUAUACAGCCAUUGAAUUAGAUGAACGAAAUGAUACUGAUGCCGUACAAGAUAUUCUAGGAGAAAUGACAGGGGCACGUUCGGUACCUCGUGUAUUUGUAAAUGGGCAAUUUAUUGGUGGUGGAACUGAUGUUAAAGCUUUAUAUGAAUCCGGCGAUUUACAAAAGAAAUUAGAAGCUUAAAUACGUACAUUUUGAAAUUAGUUUAAAUAUCAUUUUUAUUGUAUUAAAUUAAUGAAAUAAUUAUAUAUGAUGGUUUUGUGUUUUAAUAAAUUUUAAUUGGUUAAAAUUUAA